AUGGCAACCAAUGAGAACUGCCUGACCUCCCUCCCUGAGACUGGGAGAGGGGGGAUUGUGGAGGGAGGGGGGUGAAGCGGCACACCCCUGUCAGGAUGUCAGCUCUGUGAACUCACUACAGCCAGGAGACUGCCAGAGAUAUUCAAUAUGCAGGGACAGAGGGAGCACAUGCACAGACACACAACUCAAAAUGUACUGCUCUCUCUGCUUUGCUCAAUGUGUUCUGCAGAUGCUGCUGGCCUUGUUUCUCUCUCUCUCUCUCUGAGGAUCCACUCUGAGGUCUCCAAUAUCAGGAGGAGCACAUGUUAAUCCCUCAACACAAAUAUUGCAUAAAAUCAGUCUGCCUCUGUCUUGCACGACCCGGUUUGUUAUUCAACACAGGCAUUGCUGCUAGCUGUCCUCGCAAGAUGGCGUAAGGGUUUUGCCUUUGAUAUGCUGCAAAAGUUAGGCUAUCCUCCAAAAAAUGUAGCAUUCUCGUCUUUGUAUGGAGGCAGACUGCAGACAGACAAUGAUUUAUUUUAUUUUUUUAUGUGAAAGAGACCGACUGAAGCACUCCCAUUUAGUUAAAGGCUAGUGAUUGAGCAGAUUAAGUGGAAGUGGCUGAGAUGCACUAGGCAGAUAAUUGAGGUGAUAUAUUGAUCUGUCAGGGAUGGAUGUUAAGUGCCUGGAGGGCAGCAUCCUGUAUCAGGGUGUUGGGGAGAUCUGUGUCAUUUUAUGCCAUCCCUAUAUGCUGCUGCACCGUGUUUGUUCUCACCUUAACUAGGGUUGCAGAAUUCUAGUAACUUUCUCCAAAAUUGCCGCAACCAGGAGGGAUUAUGCAGGACAUCCAGAAUCCUCCAACCAGGAAUUUUGGAAAAAUUGCCGUAAUUUUGCAACCUUAACUAAAGCCUAACCAAACUAUACUGUCCACCUUAACCAGCCUACCCCCUCAUUGUCCUCCCUUACCAGUCUGUGACCUGUCCUCGUUUUUUGUGCGUCCCCCUAUCCAUCUGCCGCCCUCCUUUCUUCCUCAGUGCCCUCCCUCUGUCCCCCUGCUCUCUCGUUGCCCCCUGGCCAUACUUGUGUGCCCCCUGGGUACCACCCUCAGUCCUCCUGACCCCUCCCUGCCCCCACUCUGCUAUGCACAGAGCCCCUGAUUAUCUCUCAGUGGCAGCCUCUGUUUUGUGCUCUGAUUAAAGGAGCAGCAUGUGGUCUGUGUGAGUGGGGCCAUACAGACGGCAUUGGGGGAAUGCUAACAUUUAUGUCUGGGAGCGGGCACAAAGGCUUUGGGAAAACACACUAGGGUAUUUAUCAGUGGGCAGACACAAACACUGCCAAGAUAACGGUCAGCCCGGGCUUAGUAUGUCAUAAACACGCUGCAUGGGGAAUAGGUGGCGGAAUUGGAGGGCGAUAUCCUCCCACAACAACAAGCAUCAAAUCUUAUCAGUGUGGAAUUAGUACAGGAAUAGUUUUUGAAAACGUGCAUCCUAUUUUUAUGGAGUACGGCUGUGUUGCUGCAGAGUGUGGUGGGCCCGGCUUGAAUCAGACAGAUCACAGCCGAAAUCAAACAGACAUAAAUGUACAUGUAUGUGGAUGUGCCUUAAGACACAUAUUGAAGGUUUAAAGACAGCCUCCUCAUUGGAAAUGUUUCUAUUUGGGCUCCCACAUUGGUGCGCCGUGCGGUGCCCCUCUCCCAUCCUCCUCGUUCUCCUCCCGCGUCUGUCUGCUCCCCUCGCUGCCAAGCAGGCUGUCUCUCUCUCACAGGCACAGCUCAGCCAAUAGGAGCGCACCAGUCUCCCCAUUGCUUGCCACUCAACACCUUGUUGCCAGGACAACAGGAAGGCAUGAGACCCACUUUACUUGAGCAUUUUAAACUUGGUGUUGACUCUUUACUGAAAACAAGGAAAGGUCUUUCUCUCUCAGUAAAAUUCCCAUCUAUGAUGGCGCUCUUAAAUCUAAACCCCUCCCUUUCUUUCUUUCUUUCUUUCUUUCUUUCCUUUUAUCCUGUCACAGCAAUGGCUUGAAAUCAUUUUAGUGGACAUAACAAAGGCAUUUACAUAGAAGUUGAUUGUCAAAAUUAUGUGACACAAAUAAAUGUAUGUAUCUUGUAUCUUUCUGAGAACAUUCUAAAUUGUAAGCUAUUUUGAAGGUCUGUGUUUAGUGAACACAUUAUUACAAUGUCAUAUGGUCGUCUAAUCACAACUUCUGUCUCUUCCAGGUCUGCAAUGUUAGAUGGCGACAUGUUUAUUCUGGUUUUCAUACUUCUGGUUUUAACCUCUUCCAGUGUGGAAGGUAAGAUUUUGACACCUUUCCUUAAUACAAAAACAUGGCUAUUCUCACGAACAAAGAGAUUUGGGUACAUUAGGUAGCCGCUUCAGAGAUUACACGCAUUCAGUACCAUUUCCCAUACAUUCGGCCAAGUACACGGCUCCGAAUCUGCGUAGUGAGUUUACAUUUUUCUGUCGAGGGCGUGCUUUGUCUCUCUCCCUCUCCCCCGCUGUCUCGCAGCAUUUUUUUAACAACUGCGGUGACAGGCUUGCAGACUGGGCUCUGGGAGAACUGAGGAUUUCUCAGUGUCACGGUCUGGCUGGCUGGGGAUACUUAUUAUUCUGCAUCGCCUACUGUAGUGGAGCAGCUAAAUGAUAACAUGCUCAUUAUAAGAAUGAGGGAGGUUGAACAUAGCAAAGCUCCUGCACUAACAUGACCACAAUAUUCACAUAUUAACAAUGCCGAAUGUCUGCAUAUUUUAUGCCUCUGUUGAUGGUUAAAUGUGUUUAUUUUCAGUUAUAUCCCUCAGUAUGUGUUGUGAUUUUGUUAGUUUGAGUUUGAAAUGAAUGGAGAAUACUAAGAAUGUCUGUCUGGUCUUAUGACUGUGCAGAUAAGGGCAACUAUGAGUGUUUGUGCGACGGGCCGUCAUGCGACAGGGCAGACCGGUGUAUUGGCCAGCAGUGCUUCUCGGCCGUCUCCAUCCAGAACGCCACGUCCUUCCGACAGAAGGGGUGCAUUGUGAGCCGUGGCGAAGGGUCCAUAAGUUGCGAAAGCCCCCCAUCCCAUAACUUGACUGUGGAGUGCUGCCAUGGCGACCUUUGUAACAUGAAUGUCACAGUGGCAGACCCAGAGAAAGGUGACACAUUGUUUUCAUUGAAAUCAUUACACAUGCUUUUAGCCCUCCCUCAACACUAUCAGCAUGCUGAGUCACUCACAUUACCACUACAAAUAUCUACCUGCCAUAACAUCACCACUUUGCAUAAUGAUUUAGUUAAUAACACAUUUACAUUUCGUUUUUCAUUUGCUUGAAGGCCAUUUGGGUACAUUAGUGAAAUGCUGCAUAAACAAAACUACCGAAAGAGUCGUUAUAUUUGAUAUUUGUUUAAAUGAAUGAGAAUUACAAGGUUUCAUGGAUUUCGCUGAUCUCCCUUUUUUAUUGAACAGAUGAGGAAGUGCUGCCUACCUUGCAAGACAAUGAGUGUGUGUGUGAGGGACGGUCGUGUGAGGGAGGAGAGCGCUGUACGAGCCAGCAGUGUUUCUCCUCUGUGAAGAUCAGUGACGGGUAUGUGGUUCACCAGAAGGGCUGCCUUCAGGAUGACGACCAGGGGAGAGCCACCUGCGCCACCCCUCCCUCUCCCAGCCACAUAGUCAAGUGUUGCCAGGGGCACCUGUGUAACAUGAACGUCACCGUGGAAGCACCAGCGAAAGGUAACGCACCACCCUGUUUUCACUUAAAUAAUUUCAAAAUUUUUCAUCAUCUUGGCCUCACUGAAGCUCCAUCUCUCACUUAUUUUAGUUUUUAGACGUAAAGAUAUAUUACAUUUACAUUUUAGUCAUUUAGCAAUCACUUACAACUUAUUUUUUAAGAAGAUAGGUACGCAUAUCAUAGAGGUGAUUUAAUAUUUAUGACGAUACACUACAUGACCAAAGGUAUGUGGACACCUGCUCGUCGAACAUCUCAUUCCAAAAUCAUGGGCAUUAAUAUGGAGUUGGUACCCCCCUUUGCUGCUAUAACAGCCUCCACUCUUCUGGGAAGGCUUUCCACUAGAUGAUGGAACGUUGCUGCGGGGACUUGCUUCCAUUCAGCCACAAGAGCAUUAGUGAGGUCGGGCACUGAUGUUGGGUGAUUAGGCCUCGCUCGCAGUCGGCGUUCCAAUUCAUCCCAAAGGUGUUCGAUGGGUUUGAGGUCAGGGCUCUGUGCAGGCCAGUCACGUUCUUCCAUACCAAUCUCGACAAACCAUUUCUGUAUGGACCUCGCUUUGUGCACGGGGCCAUUGUCAUGCUGAAACAGGAAAGGGCCUUCCCCAAACUGUUGCCACAAAGUUGGAAGCACAGAAUCGUCUAGAAUGUCAUUGUAUGCUGUAGCGUUAAGAUUUCCCUUUCACUGGAACUAAGGGGCCUAGCCCAAAGCAUGAAAAACAGCCCCAGACCAUUAUUCCUCCUCCACCAAACUGUACAGUUGGCACUAUGCAUUGGGUCAGGUAGCGUUCUCCUGGCAUCCGCCAAAUCCGUUCUGUGAGCUUGUGUGGCCUACCACUUCGCGGCUGAGCUGUUGUUGCUCCUAGACGUUUCCACUUCACAAUAACAGCACUUACAGUUGACCGGGGCAGCUCUAGCAGGGCAGAAAUGUUAAGAACUGACUUGUUGGAAAGGUGGCAUCCUAUGACGGUGCCACGUUGAAAGUCACUGAGCUCUUCAGUAAGGCCAUUCUACUGCCAAUGUCUGUCUAUGGAGAUUGCAUGGCCGUGUGCUCGAUUUUAUAUACCUGUCAGCAACGGGUGUGGCUGAACUAGCCGAAUCCACUGAUUUCAAGGGGUGUCCACAUACUUUUGUAUAGUGUAUCAUAGAGAUAGGGUUGAAGGGAAAGCAAAUGUUAGUAUGGUGACUAGCUCCAAGGUGAAGUUUCCACUAAGUACAGCUCUAGGAUCAGCUUCCCCUCCCCCAUUCCUAAACUUAACCAUUAGUGGGUAAAUACAAACUGACCCAAGAUCAGCGUUUAGGGUCAACUUCACCCUAAUCCAUGAGCAAUAAUUCUGAAUUUCUGUUUCCUGUCCAGAGGAGAAAGUGAAGUCCGCCGGCGAGCACGAGUGUGUGUGCAAGGGGCGGUCGUGUGCCACCGGGCAGCGCUGCAUGGGCCAGCACUGUUUCUCCAGUCUGACGGUCAGCGACGGAGCCCUGGUCUUCCAGAAGGGCUGCUUCAAGGUGUACGAGCAGAGCAGGAUGACCUGCAAGACGCCGCCCUCCCGCGACCAGAUUGUGGAGUGCUGCCAGGGCCACCUGUGUAACAUGAACAUCACUGUGGAGCUGCCUGUUAUAGGUAAAUAAAUACACUGGCCACUUGGCACCCUAUUUGGGACACACACAAUGGCACACAUUCAUUCAUAUGCAUCUGUAUUCUAAUGGAGGUCUGUGUGAUGCACAUUUGCAUUCAAACCAAGGUUAUUAACCCCUUAAACCCCUUGCAUUGGCCUAUGUGGAUAGGGCUACAUUUAAAUGUUUCUUACAGAAGAAAUAUGGAAAGCAUAUGCAUAACCAUGGUAGCAAUCAAAAAGGGAACAGUUUGUAGAUUAUGGGGAAAUUAUUAGACUAAAGGUGAGAACAAAACAGUUAAUCUGACAAAAGACUGAAUCCAAAUAUUACACUGUUGAUUUUAUGUGCAUUUUACAUUUACUGUACUUUUGGCCGCGUUUGUUGAUAUCGAAAUCUGAAAAUACUCUGGAUACAUUCAGUAACAUGAUAAGAAUAUUCCUGGAAAAUUUGGUGCAUAAACAUAAGAGCAAAAAAUGCCAAGGAUUUGAGUGAGAGGUCUAACUGGUGUCUCCAAGUGGCCACACACCUAUCCAAAAUGUGCACAGUUCCUACGUAAUUUCAAUGCACUUUUAUGACUCAAAGAAGAGUCUUCAAUGAUAAGGUGCUAUUUUGAGCUCGCCUAGCUGUGCCGUUGAGGAACUAUAGCAAGCAGACUUGUAGUUGUUUUCUUUGGAACACAACCCUGCAUCCCCGCCUCUACAUUUACAUUUUACAUUUACGUCAUUUAGCAGACGCUCUUAUCCAGAGCGACUUACAAAUUGGUGCAUUCACCCUAUAGCCAGUGGGAUAACCACUUUACAUUUUUUUUUUUUUUUGGGGGGGGGGGGGGGGGGGUAGAAGGAUUACUUUAUCCUAUCCCAGGUAUUCCUUAAAGAGAUGGGGUUUCAAAUGUCUCCGGAAGGUGGUGAGUGACUCCGCUGUCCUGGCGUCGUGAGGGAGCUUGUUCCACCAUUGGGGUGCCAGAGCAGCGAACAGUUUUGACUGGGCUGAGCGGGAACUAUGCUUCCGCAGAGGAAGGGGAGCCAGCAGGCCAGAGGUGGAUGAACGCAAUGCCCUCGUUUGGGUGUAGGGACUGAUCAGAGCCUGAAGGUACAGAGGUGCCGUUCCCCUCACUGCUCCAUAGGCAAGCACCAUGGUCUUGUAACGGAUGCGAGCUUCAACUGGAAGCCAGUGGAGUGUGCGGAGGAGGGGGGUGACGUGAGAGAACUUGGGAAGGUUGAACACCAGACGGGCUGCGGCAUUCUGGAUGAGUUGUAGGGGUUUAAUGGCACAGGCAGGGAGCCCAGCCAACAGCGAGUUGCAGUAAUCCAGACGGGAGAUGACAAGUGCCUGGAUUAGGACCUGUGCCGCUUCCUGUGUAAGGCAGGGUCGUACUCUCCGAAUGUUGUAGAGCAUGAACCUGCAGGAUCGGGUCACCGCCUUGAUGUUAGCGGAGAACGACAGGGUGUUGUCCAGGGUCACGCCAAGGCUCUUCGCACUCUGGGAGGAGGACACAACGGAGUUGUCAACCGUGAUGGCGAGAUCAUGGAACGGGCAGUCCUUCCCCGGGAGGAAGAGCAGCUCCGUCUUGCCAGGGUUCAGCUUGAGGUGGUGAUCCGUCAUCCAUACUGAUAUGUCUGCCAGACAUGCAGAGAUGCGAUUCGCCACCUGGUUAUCAGAAGGGGGAAAGGAGAAGAUUAGUUGUGUAUCGUCAGCGUAGCAAUGAUAGGAGAGGCCAUGUGAGGAUAUGACAGAGCCAAGGGACUUGGUGUAUAGGGAGAAAAGGAGAGGGCCUAGAACUGAGCCCUGGGGGACACCAGUGGUGAGAGCACGUGGUGAGAGCACUCUACACAAUUACUCUACACAAUUACUGUUAUUUAAAUAUUCCGAAAACGGUCCAUUUAUAAAUCGCAAUCUGGUCAGGUGGGCAUAAUAUGAAAGCGUGUUCUAUUGCUAACAUGACUAGCUAAAUUACAAAAUAUAUUCUUACAGUGUUAGGCUUUCACAAGGCAAUUCAGUGAAGCAGAUUGUAAUUUUGGUGCGCAUCACAGGUUGUUUGAGGCACUUUAAUUGGGGAGAACGGGCUCGUGGUAAUGACUGGAGCGGAAUCAGUGGAAUGGUAGAAAAUACAGCAAACACAUGGUUUCCAGUAUAUUACAUGAGUUGUAUAAUAUGGAAAUGUGAAGUGCACGUUUGGACUAACGGCUGUUUGGCUUGCUUGUCUGACAUCAAAGCGGUAAUUAUUAUAAUCCUCAACGUCUCAUCUUUCAAAGUACAUCAAGUCCUCUUUAUUUACAGCAUUUCCCUCACUCAAACAACAAAACAUUAGCAAAAGUUGCCCAAAUGGGGGCAAAUUCUUUUUGCGCGUGGUGUUCAGAACUGCUGUCAGUCAAAACCAUUACUGGGCUGUGAAGCGUAGACCUUGAGCUCUGACGUCAUGUAUAGCGUAGUACUUUACAGCAACUGCCUUCCAAUUUAGGUGCUUGUCAGUGUCAAUAUCAGCUAUUUUUAACCCGUAUACGGAGAACUACUGCCAAGAAAACAACAUUUUUGGGCCGUAUGCUCUCAGUGAUCUGCUGUCUGUGAUCGGUUGACUGACGUGAAGAGGCAGGUGCUCUAUUGAUUCUGUCUACUUGGCCAUUCUCCAGCGAGGACGCGAUGCUGCGGUGCAUGAAAUUGUCUGCCAUAGCCGUUUGCUGCAUGGUCCUCUAUUGGUCUGCUUGGUCUGCAUUUCAGGCCUGUGUGGCGGUUACACCCUGAGCACCUCCACAGCAGAGGAGGGGACAGUCUGAGAAAAAAGACAAACGUUUGAAUUUUGUUUAGUCAUGGUCUACUUCCUCCUAUGUCCUCUCUGAGAUUGUUUUCGCUGCCUGACACAGACCUGUAAGGCAGUGUAUAGCAGAGCCCCCCGGGAAAGGAGAGGACACUGAGUCUGCGUCCCAAUUGGCACCAUAUUCCCUACAUGGUGCACUACUUUUGACCAGGGAAUAGGGUGCCAUUUGGGACACAGCCUGAAUGAAAUGUAUAGCUCUGUUCUCUGAAAUUCAAUGACUCUCCUCUCCUAUCCACAGUAAAAAGAGUAUGUAUAAAAAUGAAUUAUUUCCUAAAUAUCAAUAUUUCUUUGAGGUUAGUCCCUGUUUUUGUUAAACACACAAGAAGAUCUUACCAUCUACCAAAAGCAACAAUGUUUCUGCGAUAACAUUUUACAUGGGUCAGACUUAAACACAAGAACAGUAGAAAAUAUUGACACUCGAUGUGCCAUAAUCUCGGUCUAAAAUCAGUUGUUUUCUAUACUGUCUAUUCUGAUCUAGGUUAGCUUCAUUGAAUUCCACUCCCCAAGAGUGCCAUGCGAAGGAGAAGGAGUUCAGUAUGCAAGAGAGAAAAGAGGGAGCAUUGUCUGCGCUGCGGGCUCGGCAGUCUUUUCUCCCUGGAAUGUUUGGAGUGUGGAGUGUGUGGUAGUCAGUCAGCUCCCCAGGCAGCCUGUUGAUAUGUGGCCUACCCACCCGUGGAUGUAUGCUGCAGUGUGCUCUUACCUCGGCCUCCCUGCCUGCCUGUGUCCAUUUUGUCUCUCCCCCUCAGCCCUGGAGCCAGGUUCCUCAGUCUGUGUGGUCAAAGCAGAGCAGGCAGGCGGAGGAGGGAGAGAAUGGGUUCUUUAACAUGCCUAAUUAUCAUCGCCUCAACUUGAAUGAUGCCUCCCAAAGCUUAGGGCUUUAGUAAACGCUGUGUUGGAUCCCCGGGGCAGCUGGGCUCACUGCUCACCUGGCUAAGCUGAACUGAGGAGGAACUUUGGUUGUACUGCAGAUUUCAAAUUCGUAGUCCAAACACGGUACUGGAUGUAUGUAGUUUGUGUUUAAAGGGGAUUUUGGUGCUGGAGAUUUUUUUUGUCUUCAUCUGGUUCUGAUAUGAUAUACUUUAUUGUCCCUGAGGGGAAAUUUGACUUGGACAGUUGAGUGCUGGGACGAAAAACCCACACCCUCUUCCUUGUGUCUGUUUCCCAUAUAUUUAGGCAGAUCAUAUCUUUUUAACUGUGUUUUAUAUAUUGUAUGACAUCACAUUUGAUUCAUGUUUCUACAUACAGUAUGUACCAGGAUGUUCAAAUAAACCUAAACCUCUUUCCCAUCCUCGUAGCAAGCGACCUGCCCAACUACAGCUUGACUACACUGGCCAUCGUCAUCGUGGCUCCAGUCAUCGUGCUCAUUGUCCUCUCAGGCAUUGCCAUCUUGGUGUUCAGACGCAUCCACCAGAACCAGAUGGAGAGGCUGACGGCCCGGGAAGCUGAGUACGGCACCAUAGACGGCCUCAUAGCCUCUAAUGUGGGGGAGAGCACACUGGCGGUGAGUAAGACAUAAUCAUACUUAGGGUUGCAAAAUUCUGGUAACUUUUCCAAAAUUACUAAGUUUUCCUGCAAUCCUGGUUGGAGGAUUUCCUGCUUAUUCCCUUCUGAUUCCGGGCUUCUUCUAACCAGGAUUUGUGGAAAACCAGGGAAUGUUGGGACAUUGCAACCCUGUACUAGAGCAUGCCAGGCCUGGGCUCGGUGGGGAGCUGUGGUUAGUAUGGUUUGAAUCCACGCAGUCCAGCACGGAACACAUUUAUGCACUCUCAAACUAUGGAAUUAUGUUGAGCCCAAAGAGCACUUGUGUGUGCACUAGACUAGAGAAUGUGUGUUAGGUAGUCAUGCACUCCAUGUUCCUGGGUGUUCAUGUUGUAGACUUAUAUCAACCCGGCCAGGAUUACAUUUCUGCCCUCGGAAUUGUGAAUGAAAUAAUUUGUUCUACCACUGUGAUGGAAAAGAUGGGUAUUGUUUUACCAGAGCAUAUUGAGAGCAUGUGUUUCACGGAUACACAUGAUUUCAACAAAAUGGCCCAUUUUGUUUUGAAGAAUGUUGGCUACUCUAGUGAAAUAAUGCUUUGAGUUUGCAACUGUAAUCAGCAUUUGUUUGAUCAACUUCAGCAAUCUACCCACCUCAAGACCCAGACCAAUCCCAUCUAUUUUUUAUUAAAAACUUGAAGGAAAACACUAAACAGGCUGAAUGUUUACAUCGGGGUGACCAUUCUCACUGAUAACACUGGGCUGAGGUGUGCUAGAGGAAUUGCUGAUGAUGGAUUUAUUUCUAGCUAUUUCCAAAGCCCAUCAGAGCACUUGGCAAUGUAAACCCCAAAUAUGCUGCCGCAUAAUGUUUGUUUCAGUAUAAUUAAAAAGUGCUUGACAGCACCCGGAGAAAAGUUAUUAGAAACUGUGGUGGCAGUAAAAAAAGAAAAACCCGUAGGUCUCCCUCAGUAGCCCUGGAAGCCUAAGUCUGUGGUGAUUGUGGUAAUGCUGUGGCUUAAUUCCCCCCCUUCAACAGAACUGCCCAGAUCUGCCCCCCAAUAAACAGGGACUUUAAUUCAAAACAAAAUAAGUUGUCAUUGGUUUAACGGCUUCUGUUUAGUAUUUUUCUCCAUUCCCAAAUUGCACACAGCAUGUGUUUUAUGCGUGUGGUAUCUAUCUUUUUUAGUUUUAGUCCUCUCUGCUUGUUAGUUUGUUUUUCUCAGCAGUAUUUGAUAGAGUUGCUGAACACUGCCCCCUUGUGUCAGCCAUGACACCCUGCUGAUGCCUGGAGAGGAGAUACAAAUAAAAGGCUUAGCAGCAUUGCGUCUGUUUGGAGUCUGGGGCUGGGAUUAGAUCAAAUCUCUCAGAUCCCUCAGCUCACUAAUCACCAGGGACUGCUGUUGUUUACCCAGCAGAGGGCCCUCUGCUGCUCCAGGGUGGCUAGACAGACAGACGCACAGACUGACAGACUGACAGACUGACAGACUGACAGACUGACUGACAGACUGACAGACUGACAGACUGAGAGACUGAGAGACGCACAGACUGACAGACGCACAGACUGACAGACGCACAGACUGACAGACGCACAGACUGACAGACGCACAGACGGACAGACGGACAGACGGACAGACUGACAGACUGACAGACGGACAGACGGACAGACGCACAGACUGACAGACGCACAGACUGACAGACGCACAGACUGACAGACGCACAGACUGACAGACGCACAGACGGACAGACGGACAGACGGACAGACUGACAGACGGACAGACGGACAGACUGACAGACUGACAGACUGACAGAUUGACAGACGCACAGACUGACAGACGCACAGACUGAUUGACUGACAGACAAACAGGCAGGCGGGCAGACGGACGCGCAGGCGGGCGUACAGACAGGCAGACGGACGUACAGACAGACGUACAGACAGGCAGGCAGAUGGACGUAUAGACAGACAGGCAGGCAGGCAGACAGACGUGCAGACAGACAGACAGACAGACAGACAGACAGAAAGACUGCUUGCUUGUCAGCAUCUCCAGGAUGGUCAGACAGACAUGCACACAGACAGACAGCCAACUAGCUAGCAUUUGGAGUCUGAGCACUAAGCAGCAACAAAUUCCACUCAGCCUCCCCAACGUGGGCCACAUCAGAGGGAGGGGGGCCGACCGUAUUAACUCCCCAUCUGAAUCCCAAAUGCUCUGCUGUGUUGUGGGCUGGGCCACCUUCAUCUAGAGAGAGUACAGGCUGAUCAAAUUCCUCUGGUUGCAGUUCAUUUAUUGUCUGUCCCUCUUCUCUCUCCUAGGAUUUGCUGGACCACUCGUGCACGUCGGGAAGCGGCUCCGGACUCCCCUUCCUCGUUCAGAGAACUGUCGCCCGACAAAUCACGCUCAAUGAGUGUGUGGGUCAGUAUCCAAUCAGAGCCUGUUCUGUCUUUGUUCAGUGGCUAAGGCGUACGUUUAGCCUCAGUGCAGGUUUUGGAGUAAAUGUUUUUUUUAAGACAUCUUAAAGUGUAGCACCGUUGGAACAGAGAUUUGUGUUGCAAAACAGAGCCACUGCUGUUCUCUGACCCUGAGAGAUUUCAGUAUGUCACUUAAUAUUUCUCUUAGUUUUCCUCGAGUUGGGUCUGAAACAUGGCCAGAUGGCCAAUGUAACACCCAACUCCCUAAACCAACGUUGCACACAUUUGAUUUGUGAGUCGAGUAUAAACUGCCAACAAAAAUAUUUUUAACAAACAUGUUUCAUUUAAUGUCAAAUGGGGAUAUACAGGUAACUGCCAAAAUAAAGGAAACACAAACAUAGUGUCUUAAUAGGGCGCUGGGCCACCGCAAGCCGCCAGAACAGCUUCAAUGUGCCUUAGCAUAAAUUCUACAAGUGUCUAGAACUCUAUUGGAGGGAUGCGACGCCAUUCUUCCACAAGAAAUUCCAUUGUUUGGUGUUUUGUUGAUGGUGGUGGAAAACGCUGUCUCAGGCGCCGCUCCAGAAUCUCCCAUAAGUGUUCAAUUGGGUUGAGAUCUGGUGACUUAGACCCACAUACUUUAAACCCCAAUGCUCUUUUGAAACCCCUCUUUCUAAGUCAUUGAGAUCUCUUCUAGCCGUGGUAGCCAAAAUAAUGGGCAACUGGGCAUUUUUAUACAUUAUCCUAAGCAUGAUGGGAUUAAUGAUGGGUUAAUUGCUUAAUUAACUCAGGAACCACAACUGUGUGGAAGUACCUGCUUUCAAUAUACUUAGGAUCUCUAAUUUACUGAAGUGUUUCCUUUAUUUUGGCAAUUACAGUACCUGUAGUUUUACAUUUUAGUCAUUUAGCAGACGCUCUUAUCCAGAGCAGUUAGUGAAUACAUAUUUUUUUUUAUACUGGCCCCCCGUGGGAAUCGAACCCACAACCCUGGCGUUGCAAACGCCAUGCUCUAUCAACUGAGCUACAUCCCUUGAUAUAGUUUAUGCAAAAGGUCAAGGUUGAGUAGUAUGACCAAAAUACAAUUGCACUAUGUGUUCCAGUAACUAAUGGUCUAGAAUGUUGUGUAAUACUACCUUAUAAAAUAAAUUUAAAUCAGUGAAACUAUCUCUAAAUACAUUUUUACAAAGAUUUCAUAAUUGUUACAUGACAGCCUGAGAUAAUCUGACAUUUGCGUUGGAGAUGAACAUUGGGUUUACAGUAAUCCCUCGUUUAUCGCGGGGGUUACGUUCCGAAAAUGACCCGCGAUAAGUGAAAUCCGCGAAAUAGAAAACUUUUUUUUUUUACAAUUAGCAACUAUUACAUGUAUACAAAUACAGUGACUCACGUGUAGGCCGUUUCACUGCUCUUCAGACUGGGCCGCUGCAUCCUGACUGCGCUCUGCAGUGUUCUCUUCUUCUGAAGCCCGCGGUGCAGGUGUGUUUGUUCGGGAGAAGAACAUAGUGAUAGGCAGCUGUUGUCGCUCUUUUUUCUUCUUUGCAAAAAGAUCCUUGUACACCGACAUGCCACCAUCGAUUACGUUGGAGAACUGUAAUGAACGGCUCAUCAAAGGGUCCCAUUCCUCAGCUACUCGCUUAAGUUCAGUGGCCAUUCGCACCAUGGUUGCUAAGCGACCAAGCGUUAGUCCUUCCUCCUCAUCUCUCGUGUCCUCUUCUCCCUCUUCUCUUUCAUCGUCGCUUUGUGGCUUUGUCAUUUACCUUCCCUUAGCAUGUCCAGAAGUUUAACUUUAUCUGAGAUAGGUAGCAUCUUCCGCCGUUUGGGCCCAUCCGCAGGUGCUUUUGUCGGUCCAGGCCGUUUCGUCGACAUUAUGGGUUUAGGAGAUGUUCGAAAUUACAAGAUAAUUUGGCCAACUUAAUGUAAAUUUGCCAAGCUGUUUUAUGUACGUACACAUAACUGCACGAGACGACAAAAUGAUAGCACAAUUCGUAGCAUGUUUUGAUACAAGAAGCGGGAGUGAGUUUUUAGCGAAUCAGAAUGCAGAGCACAAUGCACCAAAAAAAAAAAAAUGCAUUAUGAAAAUCCGCGAAAUAGCGAAUCCGCGAUAAGUGAACCGCGAAGUGGCGAGGGAUCACUGUAUUCCUGUUAGAGAGGGUUAAUAUUUUCACACUGUAUUUGAUGAAUCACAUUUUCAGUAAUUCAUUAAAAAUGGCUGUAUGAAAUGGCACCCUCUUCCCUAUAUAGUACACUACUUUUAACCAGGGCCCAUAUGACUCUGGUCAAAAGUAGUGCACAAUUUUUAGAAUAGGGUGAAAUUUCUGACGUUCACAAUGUCUGCUUUACUCUAAUCUUUUUCCUAUUUUCUUCCCCCUAUUAUAGGUAAGGGGCGCUAUGGUGAGGUGUGGCGGGGCCAAUGGCAGGGGGAGAGUGUGGCCGUGAAGAUCUUCUCAUCCAGAGAUGAGAAGUCCUGGUUCAGAGAGACUGAGAUCUACAACACAGUGCUGCUGAGGCACCAGAACAUUCUGGGUACGUACCUCCAGCCAUGUUCUGGACAGGAGCUGUUCUCUAUGGGACAAAUCCAAACUUCCACUCAAGGCAAAUUUUCACUUAGUCAUGCAUUGAUGUCAAUGGGAGACUAAGAAAAUAUGACUUAGGAGCAAAUACUAUGUGUCCGGCAGUGUUUUAGUGUUGCAUCUUAGUGACAAUGUCUGUGUCAUAUUGAUUUUUUACCCCUCCUUUCCCUGAGUUCUAACAACUCUGUGUGUGUCUGUGCGUCUGCAUCUGUCUGUGUGUGCCUUUGACUGCAGGCUUCAUCGCUUCGGACAUGACUUCCCGAAACUCGAGCACCCAGCUGUGGCUGAUCACCCACUUCCACGAGAUGGGCUCGCUGUACGACUACUUGCAGCUGAGCACUCUGGACACAGCCAGCUGUCUCCGCAUGGCCUUGUCCAUCGCCAGCGGCCUGGCGCACCUCCACGUGGAGAUCUUCGGUACCCAGGGAAAGCCGGCCAUCGCCCACCGAGACCUCAAGAGCAAAAACAUACUUGUCAACAAGAACGGCCAGUGCUGCAUCGCUGACCUGGGUAAGAGCAUAGGCUUCCGGAUAUAAAGCAUAUGUAUUGUGACAUUCAUUCAUUCAAAAUGUGUAUAGGUUGUUGUUCACUAGAGGUUGUUUUUCACAUGACCGUUUUCUGUCAUUGUGUCCAUAUUAUGUAUUGUGAUAAAAAUAAAUAGCGGGCCAUGUUGUCCACAUCUACUGUGGGUGGAGAGGAUGUUCUGUUUGUUGUUGGAAAGAUGGUGGUAUGAGCUUCUUUGCUAGUAGGCUAUGCCACCAAACACUCCAACCCUGUUCCCUCCAUGUUUGUUGAUCAUUAGAGGAAGAACAGCAGAGCCGGUGGCUCUUUAAAUCUUAACCAAAAAUGCAUUAAGGGGUACUCUUGUGCACCAUGUUGCAUACUCACAAUGUUCUCUGUGCUAAUGAUGUGAGCUAUUUCAGGUGGCACUUGCAACCUACUGCUACUAAUUGAGACUACUACUACGAUCACAACCGUCACUGCUGUUAAGUUGUUUAUGGAAUGUUAUGUUGUUUCUACUCACAAUCAAGAUAAUGAGUUAUUUUUGUUAUUUGAUGUUGUUGGAAAAAUAGGGUUGUUUUUGACAACAGUCCUAAGCUAACGGGUUGUUUUACAUUGCUAUUUUGUUCAAAUCCACUAGAGGACAGUGUUCUCUACUUUGGAUAUAUUCAUUUUGGGUUAUUUACUUAGAUAUAAUAUCAUAUGUAAAUGAUUUUGCUAUGUGAUUUUUGUAUUUUAAUUAUUUUGGACAUUUUUGAUAAACAGAAGCCUGUUUUUUGUCCCAGGUCUCGCUGUGAUGCAUUUCCAAGACACAAAUGAGUUAGACGUGGGAAACAACCCUAAAGUGGGCACGAAGCGCUACAUGGCUCCAGAGGUCCUGGACGACUCCAUCCAGAUGGACUGCUUUGAGUCCUUCAAAAGAGUGGACAUCUGGGCCUUUGGCCUGGUCCUGUGGGAGAUUGCCAGGAGGACGGUCAGCAACGGUCAGUACAAUACAUGCUGCAUGGUUUCUUCUGUUCUCUCUCACUCCUUUAUUAAUCUACCAUCCAAUCAACGUUGAUUUGUCAUAUGCACAGAAUACAGCAUAGUGUACACAGUACAAUUAAAUAAUUAAUGCAAGCUCUCCUCUCAAACAGGGCAGAAACUAAAAAGUAUCCAGUAAAAAGGUAGAAUAAAAAAAACAAUCUAGAAUGUCAUGCAUUUAGGACAAUAUGACAAAGCAUCUUUCCUAUAGUAGUUGCAUCAUACAGAGCUGCUGUAUAUAUCUGUCUGUUACCUGCCUGUCUGCAUAUGAAUGCUUGUCUUGGAAUAUUCUCUGAUGUCCCUGUCAGGGCGUAGUAAAAUCCUAUACAAAUAUGUAAAACAUAAUUUAGUGUCUAGCUGGAUUUUUUAGGAUUGAUUUCACCACUUCAGAGGAAGUGUUCCUCUCGCAGAAAGUCUUUAGCAAUCUGAUAGCAUAACUGCCAUAUAUAUCACUUUGCUAAGCACAAAGUUGCAGAACAAGCCAAUGAUUCAAGUCCUGAGACUUAAUCAGUGUCUCAUUGAUUAAAUGAUUGAAUGUGGAGUGACAGACAACUCUCCCCAUGUGUCUGUGGUCUAGUCUGGGACUAGAGGUGCUGGCGUCUUAUCUGAAAUGGAUCCUGCUUUCUCCACUCCCAGUUAAAUGGUUUCAUGGUUAUUUAUAGUUGAGCCUGGCUGACAGCCACACACAGGGUAUUGGUUAAUGCAGGACACCGCAACCUUACUUUCCCCAUGGCUUUCCACCUGGUACACAGUAGCAAGUGAGAGCAACUAUCAAAACAAAGUACUUUGUUAGCAAUUACCUGUGCUAUCUCACGUAUUGUGUUUGUGACCUUUUUUACUUACUUUAAAUUGCCAUGCUGAUGAUUGUGAGAUCUUAUGGACAUCUGUGUUGUGUAUUUACCCUCAUACUCUGUGUGUAGGCAUUGUAGAGGACUACAAGCCUCCCUUCCAUGAUGUGGUGCCCAGCGACCCCAGCUUUGAAGACAUGAAGAAGGUUGUGUGUGUGGACCAGCAGAGACCCAACAUCCCCAACAGAUGGUUCUCAGACCCAGUGAGUACACAGAGACCAGACGAGGCGAUCCGAGUUAAAUGUUUACUGGUGGAGAGAGAACUAGCUAAUAUGUUGUCAUGGAGAAUAGGACCCGCUCCAAAUUUGUCAAUUUAGAAGCUGUGCAGAAUGCAGCACUGCCUGCUAGGUUGUCCUGCUUCAUCAGACGUUCAGUUCACUUGUGAGUCUUUGAAAACAGCCUGUCAGUCGCCCACCUCAUUUCCCAGCUCCAUUGAAUACAUAAUACGGUCUGAUGGGCAGUUAAAUUCUAGCCUUUAAGAAUAAUUGCUUUACCCUUUGCGGAACUAUAGACUUUCGCAGUUGAGGCUUAAAAACAGUAUUUUGCUCAAUGUCUUUUUUUGUGUGUUAAAUUACUAUACUUAUAUUCAGGGCAUUUUUAAAUGGGAAAAUAUUAAAAACAGCUGGAGUGGGACUUUUUAAUAGAUUUGUUCAGAUUCUCUUCUUCUUUUCCAGACUUUAACGUCCAUCGCGAAACUUAUGAAGGAGUGCUGGUAUCAGAAUCCCUCUGCCAGAUUAACGGCGCUACGCAUCAAAAAGACUCUGACAAAAAUCGACAACUCUCUGGACAAAAUUAAAGCAGACUGUUGA